AGCAUGAUGCCAUAUGGCAUUCUCGCAAUAUCGCCGGCCCGCGGGGGCAAGCAACGCCCGCCGUCCCCUAUAAGUAACGCCGCUCGCUCGCUCGCCAUUUGAAUAGCCUGCUCCACCUCCACCUCCAGCGAAAUUCAGAGCGCACAACACAUAGACCGGGAGGAUAUACUCAUAUACUGAUACACAGAUACAGGAUGGUUCAACGGUCGGCUGGCCAGGGAGCGCGGCGGGGCAGGCAGCAGCACGACCAGGCGGCGGCGGCGGCGGGGUCGGUCGGCGGGGGGAGGCGGCAUUACCAGCAGGAGCUGCUGCUGGGGCUGCGCGGCAGCAAGGGCAAGGGCGCGUGCCGGUUCAAGCGCAGCUGCUUCAGCGAGGAGGAGGACGCCGCGUCGUCCGCCAUGCUGCUGCUCGCCUGCGUCGUCUGCGCCCCCUCCUCCUCGCUCUGAUGUUGUUGAAUGUCGAUGCUGAUUACCCACCGGUGAUCUCGAUCGUCAGCUAGCGUAAUUAAUUGCUUUCUCAACUAUCGAGUACGUAUGUGCUACUGGUAAUUACUGUAUGUGCUCUGUGUGUGUCCAGAUAACUGUGAUGUGUGAAUCUCCCGCCCGUUGAUCCCCUUUCUUGGUGGGUCAACCAGUAGUGAAUUAUAUGCAUGUGCUCGUUUGAUCACGGGGAUAUAAAUAGAACCGUUGUUCUCACCGUGUGCUUAACAAUUA